GUCAGCUUUCAAGUACCAUUCAACUCGCCCUCGACCACUCUUCGACGAUGAAUUCGUGCAAUGGUAUCCGCGAGGACCUAGCAGCGUGCGUCCUGGCCUCGCCGUGCGUGCAACAGGAGGGACGAUCAGGCCAGGAUUGUAUCCAACAUGACAUGGACAAGCUGCCCAUGGAGUGUCAGAACAUCUACCGCAGCUUCGUCCACUGCAGGAAGGGACUGCUCGAUAUGAGGAAGAGGUUCCGUGGCAAUGCCCCUCCCACCGGAAAGUCGAACAACCCGACUGGUGGCAACACAGCCGUCGCUGCCAACUUGGCGGAGGGCGAUGCGCAACAGCAGCAAUAGCGGCAAUAGCGGGCUGUUGGAAUGGAAAUCGUAGCGGCUUGUCUAAAAACCACAGCUUUCUUGCGCUUCCUGCUAGCGAACCCUCUGCCCUCAUUCGGCCCGCUGACCAUCCAUCGACGAGCAGCCUUCCUGGCCGUCAUUCCGUCCUACCUUUGGUCCUUGCCUCUCCCAUCGACCCAUCUUCUGCCUU